AUGGCCAGCCCUAAAGCCACAGCGUUCUCCUGGGAGAUCACUUGGCUUGCUAUUGCUGUCUAUGCUCACCUACAGACGAGAGCAGAGCAGUCCCAAGGUGCAUACUUCUUGCCUGAGUUUGCACUUUCUCCACAGGGGAGUUUUCUUGAGGAUACCACAGGAGAACAAUUCCUCACUUACCGUUAUGAUGACCAGACCUCUAGAAUUACCCGCUCAGAUGAAGAUAAGGAUGGCUCCUGGGAUGCUUGGGGGGCCUGGAGUGAUUGCUCACGGACAUGUGGGGGGGGAGCUUCCUACUCACUGAGGAGGUGUUUAAAUGGCAGGAACUGUGAAGGUCGAAAUAUUCGAUACAAAACCUGCAGUAGUAAUGACUGCCCUUCAGAUGUUGGUGACUUUAGAGCACAGCAGUGUUCAGCCUACAAUGAUGUCAAAUACCAGGGGCAUUUUUAUGAGUGGAUCCCUGUGUAUAAUGAUCCUACUGCACCGUGUGCCCUGAAAUGUCAAGCUCUGGGAAAGAACUUGAUUGUGGAGCUUGCCCCAAAAGUACUAGAUGGUACUCGUUGCAAUAUUGAAUCUUUGGAUAUGUGCAUCAGUGGAAUAUGCCAGGCAGUAGGCUGUGAUCGACAACUUGGGAGCAAUGCCAAGGAAGACAACUGUGGAGUCUGUGCAGGAGAUGGUUCAACAUGCAGGCUUGUGAGGGGACAAGCUAAGGCACAUGUCUCACCAGAAAAAAGGGAAGAAACCGUGAUUGCCGUACCACAUGGGAGUCGCAGUGUGAGAAUUACCCUGAAAGGACCAGCACACCUUGUUAUAGAGUCAAAGACCCUGCAAGGAGACAAGGGAGAGCACAGUUUUGAUGCUCCUGGAACAUUUAUCAUAGAAAAUACAACCGUUGAGUUUCAGAAGAGUACAGACAGGGAAAUCAUAAAGAUCCAGGGACCGCUUGGAGCGGAUUUCAUUAUCAAGACCAGGUACUCUGGAUCAAAAGAUAGUGUGGUUCAGUUCUUCUUCUAUCAACCCAUCAGUCAUCAGUGGAGACAAACAGAGUUCUUCCCAUGCACAGUGACAUGUGGAGGAGGUUAUCAGCUUAAUUCAGCUGAAUGCAUGGAUAUUCGUCUGAAGCGUGUUGUUCCUGACCACUAUUGUCACUACCAUCCAGAAAAUAAGAAACCAAAGCCCAAGCUAAAAGAAUGCAACAUGGAUCCCUGUCCUUCUAG